AUGUUCCCCGGGUACGUACCGGGGGCGCAUAGCAGCCAACGCCCGCGCAGCGGAGCGCCGUCACCUCUCAACCCGAGCAACGCCGAUGUGUCAAUAGCGAGUAGAGAUGAAGGCUCUCGCAGCGGUUCACAUCCGGUUGCGCGCGACACAGCGUCGACGACACCUGCAGCAGCGGUCACGAACCUCGUUGAGGCCGACUCGCCGCCCACUGCCUCACCCUUCAGAUUCAUCUGCCCCGACAGUCGAGUAGACACCCACUUCGAUCUUCCACCAGCGCUCAUCACGUGUCUUGUGCGACACAUAGAUGGCCAGCACCAGCCCCUUGCCACGCCGGCGAUCGUGGAGCGGUGCCUGCGCGACUUGCAGCGUCGACUCAUGCCAUGGGUGCCGGUGGAGCGCAUUUUCGGGUCCACAAUGCAGGCGACGGUGCCGAUAGACGCGAGAACGUCUGGGGCUGCUCAUCGGAAGGACAGCAUCGUUUCCUCUCCGGUGAGCAGCCCCGCGCCGCCGCCAGCCACCGCGCUGUACACCGGCUCGUACCUGGUGGGCAGCCGCGUGCAUCUUCAGCUUGCCAAGACAACCGACGUCGCCGCCGUCGUGAGUAGCACCUCGGUACUGCAUCUUCUGUUCUACGCAGUUGAUGAGUCGGAUUCGAGGCCGGCAGUGCUGUCGCACAUCGCGCAGGAUUGGCGCGCCGCCCUGACGCGCAAGGGCGAAGGCAACGACUGCCUGGUGCUGCUCGUACACAGCGACCUCAUCGCCGCUGCCGAAGUCGCGGCCCGGCUUGCAGAGGAGGCACAGCAGAGCAGUGACCAGAUACCAGCUGCCCCGUCGGGGUCACCACCACCACCACCACCACCCACCGGAAGCGCAGCUGCACCGGCGCUUAUUCAGGCCCGGGUUGACGCGGCUGCUGGGCAACUGCGCAAGUACCACAAGGAGCUCUGUGACGCAAAGUUUCUGCCACAGCAGAUAUGCGCCUACAUGCCGAACGAGACGCCGAUGCGCAUCCUCGAGCGACUGCGCUCCGCCGUCAUCAAGCACGGCGCGCGCCUACGUCAGGUGCUUGAGGCAUGCGCGGCGCAGAAGCGGCUGUCCCCGCAAGACCCUUUCACGAAACCGGGGGUGUCGGCAGCUGCGGACGCAGCCACAACCGCAGAGGUCCAGCCGCCUGCCUCCGUAUCUUCUCCCAACAUCGCGGUGUCACCGACCAGCGCGGCCGGAAAGGUGCUGCACACGGAUCGCAGCGCAUCGCCGCUGAAACCGCCAGUCGGUGCCACCUCCCCGUCGCGGCUGGUGGUGCACAAGUACUGGAGCGUGCGGGCCUUCUGGCGGUGCGGCUACGACCUCGCCGUGCACUAUCUUCAGUACGGUCUCGUGUUCGACGCUCGUGCGGUGCUGGAGCGCCUUUUUCUCGAGUACUACAACAGCUCCGACGACUACGGCUUUCUGCGCGCCCCGGUGGCGACGCUGCAGCGCUUGGGGCGUGUUCCAAACCUGUUCGAGGUGCACAGGAACGCUGGUUGGGCGCAGAGCAAGUCUGGCUAUCCGCGAGGGCUGGACACUGAAGCGGAGCUGCUCGAAGGUCUGCUGCUCGUCGCCUCCGCAGAGAUGUCGUGCUCGUUGCUGCUCGGCGACACCGCAGCUGCGAUGGCGCGCUAUCACACGUUCAUGCAGGUCAUGCGCGAGAAGUUCGACGAGAUGUCCGCUGCGAAUAUCAACGACAACCCCUCGGUGCCACCGCCACCGAUGCCGGCGGAGGCCAGCACGCAUGGCGCGGCCCCCCUGCACUCCACAACGUAUCAGCAGCUCUUCCUGCUGCAGUGUUACUUGUCCGGGCUGCGCAUGUGGUGGCCGAUGAGCGGACUUUGCCGUCCACGAAGCGAGGUCGCCGCCUCUCCCAGUGCCGCCACACCAUCAACACCGCAGCUGGAGACGCUCAGCGGAAUCGCCGCGGAGGAGCAGAGCAGCGCGAACGAGGGCGGCAUGGUUGCCGUCGUCGCGGACGUGGACAACGACGACGACGGAGGACGCGCAUCAGCAGAGCCACCGCGGCCCUCCUCAUCCACCGCCCCCACCACAGCGAACACGGCAAACGUGCAGGACACAGCGCCUGGACUGAGAACCGACACCGACCGUCUCGGCUCGCCGGCGUGUCUGGAUAGCGGCGGCAGUGAAGUCCGUUAUUCCAUCACGAACCCGUCUUUUGCCGCGGCCCUCACCAGCGUCCCCGGCCACUCCUUCCGCAUAGGCAGCGCUGGGCCCUUGUCUGGACGGACCGGCGGCGAGCACAGCGCGAUGCAAUGGGGGCCGGUGGAGGGGGAUACGAGCGAGGACGCGGAGGCCAUGAUGUGCGACCGAGAGCUUUCCUUCCUCCUGACGAGGUACGAGGACACAGUGCAGGUGGCGGCCACCUAUCUUGUCGACCUCGCCACUUCGACAGGCUUGCUCCCCGAGCACAUGGAGCUGGCGAAGCUGCAGGACAGCGUGCAAGCCAUCCGUGACACAGUUGACGCUGGCGACACGCAGGCGGUGCGGGCCCUGCAGCACCAUCAAGGGCACCUGCGCCGCAGCUGCGCAGAGGCGGCAGCUCUACUAGAAAACGCCAGAGAUGCACUGGCGGCCGUAGCGCACAGCCUCGGCUAUGGCAACCUCAGCUACCCAGUUAUAGACACCGCCACCAUGCCGUUGGGCACACAAGGCUCAGAAGGCCCCUCGGGUGGCGAUGUCACCGCCAUGACUACCGCGGCGUCUUCCGCGUUAGCCAACAUUGAGGAACUGUCGUCGCCGGAGCAGGCGUUGCGGCUGUGGCGGUUACUGACGGCGAUGGCGGCCCUCGCCGUGCGCAUCGCGGAGCAGCGGCGCCGCGAAUUCCGCCUCUACGUCCAACUCGCCGUGACCUUCCUGAUGGACCACCCCAACGUGACGGCGAACAUCGUGGCGGAGCGCCUGCUGCCGUACAUCAAGCUCCAAGGCUGGCGACGGAUCGAGCUGUUUGUGCGCCGGCUCUACGUGGAGGCACGGGAGCGGCUCAUGCGCCGUGCCGGGCUGUUUGACUCCUGCAGCACUGCGACGACCGCGUGUUCAGGCGACGUGGCGCCGGGUACCGCAAUGAGCGGGUCAGAUGCGCGACUUUGGCUUCGCGUCUUUCACACGAGCGCUGACUACGCCCUUUAUCGCGAGUGCGUGCUGGUGCUACUGAGCAACAGCGGCGGCGGCGGCGACGAGGACGACGGGAGCUCCAGUGCAGGUGACUCUGCCGACAGCGUUGGCGGGGCGGCGGACUGCGGCGUGGCUGCUGAGUGCAUCGUCGGGUCGCUUGACAGCCGCUUCUUCUCCGUGCGCACCAGGGCGGAACAGUGGCGGGAGCUAGUUCGGGUGGACGCGUUGCUGAUGGGCACCGUCCUCCACGGAGAGCCGUAUGAGUACCCGCUGGUGCACUUUACGUCUCCGCUCACGGUGAAGGUGGAGCAGAGGGCAGACGCCGCGGUCUCAAACGGCGACGGCGCCCUUGUCAAGGGCGAAUCCUCUACUUUGCUAGCGCCUGGCGUACUGAAGGCGGUCGUCGGCGAUGUCGUGCAGAUCACCUUCUCGUCCGUGUACACAAUCAACCCGCUGGUACGCCCGGCCUUUCCUGCCGCAGCAGAAAGACGGAACGCGGUGGCACGCGAGACAAAGCAGGCGGUGUGGUUCCAGCUGACGCUGGAGUCGCGCAAGGACUGGAACAGCGACGAGGAGGCGACUCACGAGGUGCACAUUCGUGACUCCGACGCAGUCCACUAUGAUGAGCAGACGCAUCGACUGCGCGUGACUUUCACCUUCCCGGUAUGCCACGCUGGCCUCUACCGUGUGCACCGCCUGCGCCUGUGCAACGGCGGCACGUGGCUAGCCUACUAUCCUCAGCGCAACGUCGGCGGCAGCUGCGGCGCAAGUGGGUGGGCGCCGUCUCUGAGGGCUGAAGGGUCGCACGCCUUCUCCCCACCGCGUCCGACGCACGUCACGGUGGAACCGCUGUACCAGCUAGUUGGCCGCUCCGCGCUGCUGCAGGUGCCGGAGCAGCGCAGCAGCGUGCAUCUCCGACUCACGCUCCCACGUGAGGCCCACUGCUUUGCCGAUAGCGUCGACUACGUGACUUUGGACGUCGAGCUGGAGGACCCUCUCUCCAUCAGCGCGCCGUCUGCCGACGGGUUGGGCGGUGUCAUGUCGGCGACUUUUACGGACCCUCAGCGGGUGAAAGGACUUGCUGCGGGACCAGGAAAGCAUGGCCGGGUAGCCGGCGAAGACGGUCGUUGUCCCACCGCGGACUGUACAUGCUCCUUCAGGGUCAGUCCAGGUAAUCUUCUCUUGCCGCUGUCAGCCGGCCGAAGCGGCCUCGGCAGCGACCAGCUCGCCCACCCCCAACGCGCCGAACCGUACGCGCCGCUUGUCGUCGACGGGGCCGAAGCUCACCAUGAUGACGCAUCGCUGCGACGGGGGUCGACCUCGUCCCUCACGCAGCGCUUGUUGCUGCACCCACCCGAGGACGACGGGGCCAACAGCGACGGGAGUGAGGUACACACGCCGUCAGACACACCGCGCCUCGUUGCGGCGGUGGUGCUUGGCACCCCAAACGCCUAUCGCCAGAAAAGCGGCGCGGUGGGAGCGGGAGUGGCGCGCUCCAGCCUUGGCACCUCCAUCCCGAGCCUCAGCAUGGCCGUGUCCAGCGCUGGUCCUUCUCGAGCUACGGCACCUAGCGGCGGCAGUGGUGUCUUGGGCUUGAGCGACUCCUUCGCCGUGCGGACCUCACAGCUGGUCGAUGCGCUGUCGCUGUCUCGACGACGUGUGUCGCCGAGGCCGGCCGCAGCGGCGCACGUGGAUGUGGCAGCAGCAGUAGUGCCCGCAACAGAGGCAGCCGUGAUCUAUCCAGGCGUGACGCACAGUGACAAGAAAUCCCCGCUGCAACAACAGCGGCAGCAGCCUUCGCUUCACGCUCAUCGCUAUGCCAACGAGCUCCACACGUCCUCCGAGCGCGGCGCACAGGACGGGCGGUUCACAGCGGGCGGCGACGGGGUCAGCGGUGACGACCGGAGGAGUCGUGGGGUAGCUGCCUCUACAUCCGGCCUCGGCUCCCCGGGCAUCCCCGGCGGAGCCGCCACGACACCCGCGCCGUCUCUGCUGCGCAUGGUCUCCGAGGACACGCUGGAGCUGGUUCUGAUGCAUGCAGAUACAGCCAUAAGAGACGACAGGAGCGCGGCCGUGACGCCGCACAGCGCGAAGACGGCGGCAACAAUGUCCGCCGCUCGCACCGUAGUGCCGAUUCACCUUGGCUGCUUCCUGAAGGACCUCCCAUCACCAGAGGUGCACUUGACUCCAACCAAGAGCGAUGUCGUGGCUUCUGGCAUAUCGGUGCUGCGGGCGGAGUGCUACCUCGCGGCCGACCCGCUGCGCGAGACUGUGAUUCGGCUUCUUCCCAGCACCCCGCAUGCGGUCGCACCGGUGACCGACGCCACCGGGUCGGAGAAGGCUGGCGUUGCGGCCAGGCACAUGCGCCUACGCCUGCCACUGCUGCCGCUCCUCACCACCCCGAUCUCCGCCGAGGCGCUGGCGAGUCAGCGGCCAGAGACGGUGGUAUCCGGCAGAGGUGCGGGCAAGGAUCCUACCCCGCCCGCCGCGGUGGCCGCGAAUCAGGCGCGCAUCGCCUUUACCUGCCUGCGCGGUCGUGAGCCGUGCACGACCACCCUGAGCGCGGUGCUGCCCUUCCAAGCCGCUAUCGGUUUCAACUACGCCUUUAAGCACCUCCAGGGGCGUGUGUACUGCCUUGUAAAAAUGAAAAACCUCCUGACAAGCACCUCGCUGUGGCUGCGCGGCGCCGUGCUGCAUGUGCUCGACGCGGAGCCGUCGUAUGAGCUUGUGCGAGUGUGCGAGGUGUACAACACACUUCUCCUUAGAGAGUGGAAACCGCAGGAGGAGCUGAGCAUCCUCUACGAGCUCGACCUCAUCCCCUCCUUCCACCCCGCGCAGCCGGAGUGCACGCAUCAGGUGCAGAUGGAAGCCGUCUACUCCAGCUGGCAUGAAACCUUCCGGACGACACCGCCAGAGGACCGACUUGUCCUGCGCGUGACGGAGCUACCGUCGACGGAGGUGACGGUGGAAAACGUCGAGGCUACCCACAAUAACGUCUUGCCGGGCGCCGCCGGAGCGAGAACGAGCGAUGGUGCGGUAACGCAGCAGGGCGCCGUGACCACAAGAACUACAAUGCUGCCAGGCAAAGCGGUAGGCAUGGCGACAUCCACAGGAGUGACGGCCUCGACGCUCGAUACGGCAACCACGUCCUGCUACCACAGUGACGCGGGCCCUGCCGCGGCUGCGCAGGCCGUCCAGCGUGCCUCUCUUGCGCGCAGCACCAGCAUAGACGGAAGCGGAAGCCGCUCUUUCGUCCACGUCACGCACACCUACUGCAGUGCCAGCAGUAGUACCACCGGCGACAAGUCGAGCAACGAGUGCAACGGCACUGGGGGCAAGAGCAGCAGCGGAGUCAAGAGCCAGAGAACGGCGUCGAGCGCGGUUCACUUCAACGUGGUCACGCUGCGGCACUUGGAGGAGACGUGCAACACAAUGUGGGGCCCCGUGGCCGCCUUCCGCUCGAAGCAUCUCUGUGUCUUCAGCAUCGUCAUGUACGCGGAGUCGCCGUGGACAAUGCGCUUUGGGGCGGCGACGAACUAUGCAUCCCAGACGCCCCACCCGAGGGCCACCUCGAACAUCUCGAGCACUUGCCAGGGCUCACAGCUGAGCCACUGGAGCGGCGGCAAGCCUAGCGCAGCGCUGUCCCUCUUCGGGAACGCAAUGGUGGACCAGCCGUCCGAAUUCGUGUUCGUCGCCGGCGAGCCGGUGCGCUUCUGUGUUCGGCUGCAGCCGCAAGCCCAGAACUGGCCAGAGGACGCGGAAAUGGAAGAGACCUUCUUCAUCCGCCUCAAGUACAACCCGGAGCAGUGGAUGGUGAUCGGCAAGCAGCGCGACCGCCGCACCCUCUCCUUGAUGGAGGAGGCGACGGUGUACUUCAACGCCGUCCCGCUGCUUCCCCUGACGUCCGCUGAUGGCGACAGGAGUGCUGCGGGGUCGCCAACGGCGGCCGGGGCCGCGACCUCGAUAGGCGGCAGCUCCGGCAAGGGGCCUCCUCGCGGGGCCGACGACUCCGCAAACGGAAGCGACGAGGACACGGACGAGGACAAGGACGUCGAUGCUGCUACCAGGACAGGACGCCGGCAGCGCCGCUCAACCCGGCCCCUCGCCGGGCACGCGGUGAAGGACGAGGGCAUCCUCCAAACGCCCACCGUUGAGAUGUUCUGGGAACGAAAGAAGCCAACGACAGCGACGGAUGGUGCAGCAAACCUGUCGAUGAAUAGCUUCGGAGCAGGAAAGCGCAACAGCUCGGCAGCUGGAGCGGAGGCAGGUCCCAGUGUGGUGGACGGGCAGUCGACGGGCGCGGACACCGUAAUGGGCGAGGCCGUUCUUGUCGACGUGGUGCAAUUUCGUACGUGGGUGCGCGUGCGCAAGCGCGGCCACUGA